AUGAUGCAGAACGAAAAGCCCGCUGUGUAUCCGCAGCCGGACCAGCCUAUUAUCGCGACCGAAACGAGUUCGGAUCUGGAGCACAAGGUUGGACAGGUGCGCCGCCGACUGCAGAACAUGCUCGGCAGUACUUUACAUGGCGUCCACUCCAGUGUAGAUGCGGUGAUUAGGACCGAGCAGAAUGUUGAACAUCGUUUGGGCUCGCUUAAGUCGCAGGGCGAAUCGCUCGCGCCCAAUGGCCUGUAUGUCGGCGUGCUUACCCUCGCAGGCCUGGUUUUUACACGGCACCGUACUUUUCCGAUUCGUUGGAUCGUGCCACCGACCGUGUUUGCAUUGUCGAUGAGCUACUUCCUCCCGAAAACGACCGAGAACACGGUUGAGUACUAUGAGAAGAUCGAGAAGCAAAAGUGUCCCGCUUUUGCGGAAAAGCGUUCCGCUGGCUGGGAACGCGUCAAACGCUUCUUUGAAACGGGCGCCUCGCACUUUCAGUCUACCACGAUGAUGGCCAAAGACAAGAUUGUUGCUGGCAUCCAGAGCCUCGACAGGUCGAGCAGCAGCGCACAGCCGCUCACGCAGCCCAGCAGCAAACUGAUUUAA